AUGGCUAUGAAUAAUACAAAUUCUUAUCAUACUCGUUCAUUACAUGAACAAUAUAACAAUAAAAUAAACAAUUAUUGCUCUAAACCACGACAAGACUUCAAUAUGUUAGGACUAAAUCCAUUUCAACCAUUAAAAUCAUUUCGUAUCGGUGAAAUUAAUCGUUUUGCAACUAUGCAACAUUUGUUAUCAUUUGUCGAACAAAUUGAUAAAACAAAAACAUUUUCAAUUGAUACAGAAAGACACCCUCAACUAGGAAUGGUUACUUUAAUUAAAAUUGAAUUAAUACAAGUCGAACAAAAGGAAUCUAUUGUAUUAUGUUUUGAACUAUUACAUUUACCUUUUGCUGGUACACCAUUAUUUUUAAUAGUAGGAUUAUUACUAAACAAAAUCUUUCAUCCAUCAAAAAGAAUCUUCGUUUGGUCUAAUGACAAUAAAGAAGCUCUUCAGACAUUUGUAUUAUACAAAUAUCUUGCGAAGUCAACAUUGGGUGACACAAAUAUCAUUAUAUUACAACUACCAUUCAAACAAUGGUACAACAAAACAUUUAAACACCACGAAAAAUGCCAUGUAACAUCAGUUAUAAAUCACGAUGCUUAUUGUUGUAUUUGUCCAUAUCGUCCAUAUAAGAAUCUCAAUAAUCAAUGGGCUCUGGAAAAAGCAAUAAAUCAUGUAUUCCAAGAAUUUAUUCGUCAACCAAAUGGAAAUUAUAUAGAUCAUAGACAAAAUUUUAUUUACAGUGUCUAUCGUUGUUUAGCAAUUAGCAAAUUAUUGAUGGUCGUAGAACUUGACUGGACCCUCGAUCAAUUACAUCAAUUCAAAAAAUUUCACCAAGGUAAAAUUUAA